CCAAACCAAGAUUUUCUCUAAUCAGUGUAUCUUUAAUAAUCUUUAAUCAGGAAUAUUAUUGCUUAAUAAUCUUUAAUCAUACGAACUGGUCAAUCAGCAGCCGUGCAUGGUAAAGCUUAAACAUAACCAUGAUAAAAAAAAAAAAAAACACACUCGAUCAGCCUAGCUAUACCCUUCUUUUGUAAAGAUGUCCAGGAAUACUUAGCUGAGGACGUCGACCUCCUACAAUGUCUAGUAACUUAAUCCUAUAUAAAGCCUUGAAAAUGUGAUGAUACAUAGAGAUAAACAAUAAGGGGAACAUCUCAAAAGAACCAUGCAAGAACAACAGGAACAACAAUCUCUUGCAUGCAUGCAUACAUCUUGAAGCUUUAUAUAAUUAAAUUAGAGUUUGGAUUUCGAUAUGGCCGAUAUGCAAAUUGUUCCUGCCUGCAGAAACGUAGAGGCGCAGUAUGUGGAGAUGAUGGUUCCUCUCUAUUCUCAUGGAUGUGAGAAGAAAAUAAAGAAGACCCUCUCCUAUCUCAAAGGGAUAUACUCAGUGAAGGUGAAUUAUAACGAACAAAAGGUGACGGUAUGGGGAAUAUGCAACAAAUACGAUGUGCUUGCAACCGUAAGGAGCAAGAGAAAACACGCAUGUUUUUGGAACCCUAAAGACAAUAUCGCCUUAGAAGAUCAAUCACCAGAACCACCAGCGGUGACAAUACCACCACCUUCCUCUCCUUCUCCUAUUCAUAAUAGUUCAAGUGGUAAAUACACAAAGCCUUCUUUGGCUCUGAUUAGGGUUCGAUCUUUGAGCUGGAAAGCAUGGACUCCAUGGAAGAAAGUUUUCAAUAGGUCUUAUUCAUUACCCUCAAGGAUGAAGCUCAACGUUAAUUGAUUAUAUACAACGAUCGAUAAGAAAAUGUAAAAGAAGAUAAUGCUUGCUGCCUUCCUCUUGUUGCAAUUUGGAUUAGAUAACUACCAUGUACUUUAGUUGUGUGGAAUUUAAUCAUCUGCCAGUAGAAGCUGGUAUUGUAUAAUUACCGCUAAAGCUUAGUUAUCCCUCUACUUGAGAUAGAGAGUUAAAAUAAGUAUACACUCGUGAUAACACACCCAAAAUAAGAAGACCGAGUCAAAUCGAUAUGUAAAAAUCUCACUGUAGUGGUUCGUAAACCAGACUUCCUCCAUUGAUCGGCAUCCUCUCACUCUGGUAGUCAAAAGAAAUUGGGUACUGGUCUUAUCUAUCCCCUCUUUCUCUUUAUAUUCAAAAUUAUUUGGCACGAUUUGACAAGUUUAUUCCCUGUUAACUCUUUGGUAGGGUAAGCAUGAUGAUCAUGUGCCCAUAUAGUUACCAAUUUACUGCAAUUCAGAAUUGUAAUACUACCUAAAUAAAAUGACAUAUGCAUGUACAAAUGCACGAAAAUCACAUAUGUUAAGUUAGAUACUUGUGGGAAAGCAACAAAAAGCAGAACCACAUGGCAUUUUCCUCAUUUUCCCCUGCUGAUUUGAUGCGAAUUCUCAAGCAUAAAAAUAUGGUUAGUACACAAAAACUUUUCUAACUUUUAAGCCACUUCACGCCCAUCCAUCCAAAACCCUCCACUGGGUUCUUGCCACAUCAGCCAACAAAAAGUGGUGAGGUGAGUACAAACAAAAGUCUUAUAACCAGGCGAACAAAACGUGAUUAAUACCACUCUAAUCAUUAAAAUUUACGCCUAAGCUGACCAGAAAUGUGAUUACCGUGUACGUAAUCUGGGUGAAGAAGUCUCACCAUAUGGUAAUUUUCGUCCAUAAUCCACAUUAUGCCUAACUCGAUCGGAAAAUAAAUAGAAGAUACCAGAAAGUUGAAAAUCCAACCAGAGAUAAAAUAUAAUCUGUAUGCAUAAUCUACAUGGAUUUAUAUGCAUUUUUUGCCGUCACCUCACCUGAUAUCCAUUACCUUUAAAAUCAAAUUUGGCUAAAUAAAACCCACACGUUACACCAACUAAAAGGUAUAUGUAAAGUCACCAACCAUCUACGACUUUGAAACAAAGCUUUGAAGGCGGUAAUUGCUAACUAUAUAGCUACCUACCAAUCAAUACCUCUCUCUCCCUCUCCCUCAGUAGCCGCUCUCGCUCUCUUGAACGGAGGCUCUACAAUUUGCGGGGGUGAGAAAAUAAAUUAUAAAAGAAGGGAUGAUAAGGGUAGGCAUUGUUGCAGAGCUGCUAGGGUUAUACACGGCAGCCCUUGCGAGGAUGGCGGAGGAGCUCGUACCAGCAAGGCGGCACAAUACCAGUUUUCGUGGUCUCGUGAAUAAUCUUCGUCUAGCUUCUCGGCCGGCCUCCACUUACGACGCUGGUUCUUCCUUUUAUCUAUAUUUUUAAGCUAGUGUACAUCACUGAUGGAUACACUCCUGAGAUGGAUUGGGCGGCUUUCUUUCUCUAAUUGGUUGCUUAAUUUGCACGUCUUUCAUUGAUAUCUUUUUUAUUUGGUUACUUUAUCUGCAUUCAUUUUUGGAUGCUGCAGUAUGCUUCCAUGAAAACGGUGUAUGUAUAUGAAAUUCUUUGUUUUCUGCAGUAAUCUUCUAUUAGUUUAAUUUAUCGUAAUUAGUCAUACAUGCAUAUGUAAUCUUGGAUCAUAUAUUAUACAAGUUUUAUAUUGCAGGCA